UCUCACUCUCAUCACAUCGUGGUGGCCCUUCUCGUGAAGGCGGCACUCUCAGAAAUAUAAGUAAACCCUUUCCCCCCGUCCCUCUUGUCCAAAUCUACCCAUCACUUUCACAUCAAUACAUCAAUUUCAACGUUAUUGCAAUCUGAUCGACUUUGCAACAUCAUUCCUACAUUCAAUUAUCAAUUUUCUCAUCCCACACUCAUCCCACACUCACAUCUUACACAUAUAUCCAUCAUGUCGACACAACAGACCAAGAAGGCCGUCCACUUCGGCGCCGGUAAUAUCGGCCGUGGAUUCGUUGCCUGCUUCCUCCACAACUCCGGCUACGAAGUCGUCUUCGCAGACGUUGCCGACGCUCUCAUUGACAAGCUCAACGAGACUCCCUCAUACCGGGUUAUUGAGGUCGGUGCCGAGGGCACCAACGAGAACACUAUCACAAACUACCGCGCCAUCAACUCAAGAACUCACGAGGCCGACCUGAUCGAGGAGAUUGCCACUGCUGAUGUUGUCACGUGUUCUGUCGGUCCGAAUAUCCUGAAAUUCAUCGCCCCUGUCAUCGCCAAGGGUAUCGACAAGCGACCCAACAACCUGGCCCCCAUCUCUGUCAUUGCCUGCGAAAACGCCAUUGGCGCAACCGACACCCUUGCUGAGCACAUUAAGGAGCCGCGCAACACUGCUCCCCACCGCCUGGAGGAUUACCACAAGCGCGCCCGCUUCGCCAACUCUGCCAUUGACCGCAUUGUCCCUGCACAGGAUCCCAACGCCGGCCUGGAUGUGACGCUCGAGAAAUUUUACGAGUGGGUUGUUGAGCGCACUCCCUUCGAGGAGGUUCCCAGCAUUGAGGGUAUCAACUGGGUUGAUGAGCUCGCUCCCUUCAUCGAGCGUAAGCUGUACACUGUCAACACUGGUCACGCUACUGCCGCCUACCACGGAUACAACCGCAGCAAGCGCACCGUUUACGAUGCUCUUCAGGAUAAGACCAUCAUGGCCGAGGUUCGCAAGGCCCUCGAGGAAACUAGCAACUUGAUCAUCAGCAAGCACGGCAUCGACGAGAAUGCGCAACGCGAAUAUGCCGCCAAGAUCAUCCGCCGCAUUGGCAACCCCCAUUUGGAGGACGCUGUCGAGCGUGUUGGCCGUGCGCCGCUCCGUAAGCUCAGCCGCAAGGAACGCUUCAUCGGUCCUGCCGUUGAACUUGCUGAGAAGGGUCAGGACUGCUCCGCGCUGCUUCGCGCCGCCGAGAUGGCAUUCCGUUUUCAAGAUGUCGAGGGCGACGAUGAGAGCAAAGAGCUUUCUAAGCUGAUGUCCGAGAAUGGACCCGAGGAUGUUGUUGCCAAGGUUUGUGGCAUCCAGCCCUCGGAGAAGAUCCACCCUAUGCUUGUCGAGGUGGUCCGUAAGGUCCAGGCCGACAGCGAGGAAUGACUACAAGCGAAGCUAUGAUGAUUGUAACGAUUAGCAUUGGUCUAUCUGGAGUUCGGCAUAUAUCAUGGGUUACAGGCGUGGUGUUAGGAAUCUUAUGUCAGCGCUGAUUAUGCGCACGGUAUAUUGACAUUUUCAACAGUGUUGUUAUGAGGUUUUGGAAUAUUGGGUUCUUCGCAUGAGAACCGUUUAAAUUUAUAUACUUGAUCAAAUUUCUACAUUUGCGUAUAAAUGAAUAAAUCAAAAACUUCGUCUAGCUCCACAACUAACUUGCAUGUCC